UGCCAACUCCACAUUCGAGCAGUAAAACGUUACUCCCACGAGACAGGCGGCCCGUGCAGCGCCGGGGCUUCCCGCCCUCGGACCUACCCGCCCGGCCCGCUCCCGCCGUCACUUCCGCCGCUCCCCGGCAACGGCCCGGCCAUGGCUGAAGUGGAGGAAACCCUAAAGAGGAUCCAAGCCCACAAAGGGGUCGUGGCGACUAUGGUUGUCAAUGCAGAAGGAAUUCCAAUAAGAACAACUCUUGAUAAUGCGACAACAGUCCACUAUGCGGGUCUUCUUCAUCAGCUCACCAUGAAAGCGAGGAGCACAGUGAGAGACAUUGAUCCUCAGAAUGAUCUAACCUUCCUCAGGAUCAGAUCAAAGAAGCAUGAAAUCAUGGUAGCUCCAGAUAAAGAGUAUCUCCUAAUUGUUAUCCAGAACCCACCCCAAUAGACCCAGCAUGGCGUUAUUUUCAGACAGUGAUGCAGCUCCACUUGUUAAACUAACCUUACUUACUGAUAGGUAGCAUCAAACAGUGCUAACAAAUUUUACACAAUGUCUAACUGUUGUAAUUGAAAGCGUUGCCAAUUUCAAGUUCUGUUGUAGCUGUAUCAAUCUGUGUUUGAGCAACUCAUAACUCAAAUAUUGAAAUACUGUGUUUGCCUUAAUACUCUGAAGAACAAUAAUAAAGCAAAAUGCUUAAAAUUCCAA